CCUCUCCUUCUCACUUCCCUUUUCAAUUUUCUGUUGUAGCUCUAUAUUUCUUUAGUAGUUUUGCGGUUAACGUUAACUCGUAAGUUGAUUUAGUAUUACAUAUUUCUUUAGUAGUUUUGCGAUUAACGUUAACUCGUAAGUUGAUGUAGCUCUAUAUUUCUUUAGUAGUUUUGCGAUUAACGUUAACUCGUAAGUUGAUUUAGUAUUACAUAUUUCUUUAGUAGUUUUGUGAUUAACGUUAACUCGUAAGUUGAUUUAGUAUUACAUAUUUCUUUAGUAGUAUUGUGAUUAACGUUAACUCGUAAGUUGAUUUAGUAUUACUUUGUAUUGUUAAUUUUUAUUUUUGAUUUUUAUGAUAUUAACUUAACUACGGUUUUAUCGCAGAUGGCAUUCCAAAAGUUCACGCUUGGCUUACGGUGGAAUGGUUACACGGAAGAGACCGGAAAGGGUGCCACCUGCGUAGGUGGCAAUUUUCAGAAGAUAAAGGUCGCUACCAGACCGCUGCUUGAAGACCUCCAUCAAAUGUGCACUAACGUUACUUGCAUGGAUGGCACGAGAAAAGUUGAUCGUAUGGUGUACCGAUAUCCAAACAGAGAAAGUGUGUCAUUGUGGCAUGAAGAAUAUCUCAUAACCACUCAGGAUGAGGUAGACGCCAUGCUCGAAUUCAUGAGGUCCAACAAUCUUUCCAAAGCCGAGAUGUUCGUUUACACCGAGCCGGUCGUAGGCGUUGGAGGUCAUUCUGGACACGGUCAAACAUCUGGUACCCAUGGUGGAGGUGAAUUAUAUGGCGAUCAUCCCUACCAAAGUUACCAUGAUCCUCAUUCAUAUUUUCAGUACCAAGAGCAAGGUGAAGGUCAUCAUCAAUCAUAUGAAGAAGAAGAAGUUCAACCGGACCGGCACAACCAACCUCAGUACAACUUCCUCUGGUUGUAAAUAUCGACGUCCUCCGCAGCCUACGAGAAAAUAACAACGAGGUUAGUAAAUAGAUUAAUUAAAAAGCAAGAUAAGACCAACAAAAAUUAAACCCGAAUAAUGAGUACGUACCGCUUGAAAUUCAUCAACAAAAACUCCUUCUCCUUGCCACCAAUCGGCCAUUUUUUCGGCGCAAUUCGGACAGAGCUUCGGCUCGGCUCGGCGGGUUUUGAGGAAAAAACCUAAGAAAUGUUUUCUAAUGGC